UAACUUCAGCAAUCGUCGCGACUGUAGGCAGCACCAGGAAGAGUCGGCAAAGAAUGGGUUUUAUUUCGGCAGUCGUGUGUUAUCAUCGUCAACAAGAAGAAUCGGGUGCUUAAAAGUGCUCCCGACCAUGUAAAUAGGGAUAGCGUCACUAGUCGCCAACGGCAACGGUGGAAUUCAACUCGAGAGACAACUAUUACAAGGUAGACUUUAUUCAUCCGUAUCAUGCUUUGCAUAUCGGCAUCACUGUCUGCUCAUAAGGGGACGCGAGUCUGUAGUCAGCCAAAGCGACUGGAAAGGAGAGUGGGAUGAGUGGCGCUAUCUUCUAUUGCCAUCUCUGUAUUAGUUUUGUAAGCGCGAUUGCACUUGUCAUGUCUAUAGUGUGUAGUAUUGACACAUGCAUCGUACGUGACGGGUUGUAAGGUUGCCAUACCUGUCGUUCAUUGCAAACUCUUUAACUACCAUCCAAUUGCGGCAUUCGUGAACAGUUUUGAGAAGCGGAGCCCAUUUCUCCCUCCACAAAGACAGACCGUAGACGCAAUUUUCACCGUCUUCACAUCUACAUAGUAAUGGGUUUUCGCAGAAUGACUUUCAGCAUUGUUGCCAAAGCGAAACUCUAGCCCGUACUUUCGAUACUUUGCCACAGUGUGCGCGUGUUGGUGAAUGCUGCCGCGCCGGAUUAUCGCGGAGUUUUAAUGGUGUUUGUGUGCAAUAAAACGGAUCAGACGGAUUCAGACAAGCUGUAUUUUCAUCUCAGUAGUAGCACCCAUUUGUGAUUCGAGAGCAGCAGUAAAAAGACGUCCUUGAUUGGAACUGAAAGACGUCAGAGAAAAGCAAUCACUGCCCAGCGGAGGUUGGCAGAUGCCCACAUCGAGCCCAUAUCUGAACCUGUGCUUCGCUAGUGAAGUCCGUGCUGUGCUGUGCUGUGCACACUGAACACUCUGGGACACUGCGCACCUGUAUGGACUGUCUGCCAAAUGCAUGAGCAGGUGCAACAGGACUUCGACGGCUAAAUACGGAAACAUUUCUCUGGAUCUGUGAACGAGCAUCAGGAAGGAAGGAAGUCAGGAGGAGGCCAUUUUGAAGUGAUUGUACCGAUGAGAAGAAUUUGGUGAUGAAUAAUGACGGAUGACCCCGUUAUCAGUUAACGACUGCCACAAGUUCCUUCACUAAUCGCUAACUCGUUUUCGACAUUACAACAUUGCGUUUGUUUUUUACCGGAUUACGGUUGAACGGUUAAACAGCAAUUAUGAUAACCAAAUCACAACGCAAUUAUUUAACCUGUGGACCCUAUAAUAUGUUACAGUGGUUCAACUUCAAAACUACUUGUUGCGCACACACAAUUCGGCUCUCUAUCUGCUGUAGCAACAGGAUUUUGUGUUGAAGUUCCUUGUUUGCAUAGCUCUCCAAAUACUCCACACGCAUUGUGCUCGCCUGAAUUCGUCAUCGCGGACAGAGGUGUUUUCCCGGAUAUUUAAUUUGGUUUUGCACCGAAGGACAGCCACUGUCUGGACACAAAGGUUGAACUGUGUUAAACGAUUUUGCCUGAAAAAAAACCCGGACCUUUUGUGACAAAGCUUUGAAAAGUUUUAUGAUCAUUUUCAGAUCGGUAGGUGGUUCUGGGAAGUACUGUAUACAUGUACCGGCAGUUUGGGACAUCUUUGUGUGCAGUAUAGUCGGCUAGAACCAGUGUACAUGUACUUGUCUGGCUGAUAACGCGAGCUGCUAUUUCUGUUGGGAUCUAAAACUUUGUACUGACAGGAUAAACCACCCAAGUCGUAGACAGUAGAGUGGAAUCCAAUGUAACGAACGGUGCACAACUUGUGGCUACUGCUGGAAUUGGGAUUUUCUUUAUUAAACAAAAAAAUGAGUCAAAGGCAAUCUCGUACUAUGGAAAAGUCGUUUACCAAAGAGGACAGGGCCUUGCAGAAGAACGUCUUCGCCCGUCGGCAUCUGGAUGCCGAUUUGGAGGCCCAGCAGGGUCUUGAGAAGAUCCAUCUUCAGACUAUCCGUAAUGAGAAGAUGCGACUGCAGAAGGAGCUGGAGAGGAUGCGAGGGAGGGGACAGAGGAUGAUGGGCAGACGACCCGUGGUAGGCAUGAGCAACAACACGGCCAGGCUGACCCAGCUACGACUGAAUCGGGAUCCAGUCAUCAACGGGGCCACCAGUCGGGCCGUCCGCGCCACCUCCCCCGUGCCCGGUGCCACGGGCGACCCUAACACGGCCCGCGUGCCCCUGGAGGCCGUGGGUCGCGGCCGGCAAUCCAUCGAGCUGCCGGCCAUCAACCCGGGCAACCGCAGCUCCCGCAACGGCUACCGCAACAACCGCUACGAGAUGGGGGAGGAUUAUAUCCGGGAGCAGCAGUUGCUGGAACACAAGAAGAUCAUGUCCAAGAAACAAGAGGAACUCCUCGCAAGAGUGGAGAAAUUUGGAGAGGACCUCGGCGCGCAGAAACAACACCGGGCUGGGAGCGGCGGGGAGCCCUCCAACCGCUCACCCACCGAACGCAGCGUCAAGAGCGACGACGCCAUGACAUCCAUCUCGGAUCCUAGCUCCAGUUUCCCCCCUCCAGGAAGGACAAGUUUCGGUGAUGCUGCUAAAAGAGGAAGGAGCAACUCCCUCUCUGAGUACGACUUGACCAACAUCAAGCAGUCUAUCACCAAGAGACUAGUGGGGGAGGAGAAAGUGGGGCAGGGCCAGAGCAGUGACGCCGGCACCGCGCAGGAGAAACAGCAACUUGGACGGACUGUCUCAACCACCUCCAGCCUGGGAAGCCUCAAGACACGCAGGAAGAACCAAUCGACGGGGAGUGAACCCUUACCCCGCCCCAUGGACAUGGUGUUUGACCAGAACACUUACGCUCCUGAUGGUAGCUUACGGACAAUUCACAUGCUGCCAGACCCCACCGACAGCUUUGAGGAGGCCAAGAAGGCCCGGUAUCUGCGCUGGAGGGGCCCGCAGGAGGAUGAUGUUGAACUUUCAGUGGAUGAGAUAUUCGGCAAGAGUGACGGUAUGGUCAGUAGAAAAGAAAGUUCGGUGGCCACGCCCUCAAAUCAGGGUGGCUCUUUGACCUAGAUCAAACCU